AUGCUCACGACCCUUUCUCGCGCCUCGCCUCGCGCGGGCGGUCUGCAUGCCGGUAGGGCCUCUGCAAUCAAAGCUCUGGUCCCAUCGAUCCCAGCACCCACGAAAGCGAGUCACUAUGGCCAGACUCGAAGCUUCCGCUUCGGCGCGUGGUCGUCAUACUUGGACCCCGAGUUCCAACGUCAGCUGCGAAGCCGUCAGCGCAUUAUCAAAUACAAGUACAUGGAGUCGAUCAAUCGCAAGCUGUCCUGGGAUCCAAACUCGCGUGCCGAAGAUUCAAAAAUCGUGAUGAAAAAGAUGAUGGCACAGUGCUGGGCCAGACACGGCCAUACCCGCUCGAAUGGAAGAUACGUGCGAGAGGACGAUGUGAAGAAGAGUGGAUCGAACGAUACCCCGGGAUCCCGGCCUGGCCAGAACAUUGAGGACGUUGAGCGCAGCGCCAUCAAUUCUCUCUUCACAGGCAAGCGUGCUGGGCCAUACGAGUAUGAUUUGUGGCAGUCUCCUCUGCAAAAUAUCCGCAACUAUCUCGGUAGCCAGACCAGAAGCAAGUCGACGGCCUCCAUCGGCCGGGAUGUCCCCUCUGAGAUCGACCCCAUAACAAACCGAAGGAUUCAUUCAUCGCAUGCACCCCAGUCCGUUUUUGACAAUUCAUCAGAGAAGGACAGUCAAGAGCCCUUCUUCCCAGACGGGGUUCCACCCGCCGACGAGCUCAAGGAAUAUGGCAAUGUCACGAUUGACAAAGCCCCAUGGGCCGACGCCGGGGCCACCAGUGGAGUUGCGGAGACCCCGCAAUAUGCGGAUCUCGACAAAUACAAGCCAGUCAUGGACGACAAGCUCGAUGCUCACCAGCUUUCCGAGGAACCGAAAUACGACGACCUGGGGAAGUACAAGCCGGUGGGUCUCAACGACAUUCUGGCAGAGUCGGGCCCCGUACCCAGAUAUGAGGAUCUCGGCAAGUAUGCCAACCCGCUGCUCAGCGGGCGCGCGCCGGCAGAGCUCUCUCAUCCAGCGUAUGGGGACCUCGACCAGUACCGCCCGGUUAUGCACAAUGAAAAUGCAGAAAUCCCGGAGGCGCACGAACAGUACUCAGACCUGGACAAAUAUGGUCCAAUCAUGCACAAUGAGAAGGACGUCCUAGAAGAGACGCAGUCCUAUGAUGACCUCCAUAGGUACGGACCGAGCGGCUUCAACGAACCUGAAGGCCUGCCCCCUCGUACUGCUGAGGAGAAGUCAAAGGAUUACGACGACCUCCACAAAUACGGCCCGCAGUCUUACAACGAGCCUUUUGGAUUGCGCCCGACACAUCCUGAAGAGGCCUCUAAGAUAUACACGGACCUGGACAAAUAUGGCCCUAUGGCAUGGAAUGAGCCUCAUGGCCAGGGUCCCAUUCACCCUGAACUGGCAUCCAAGGCAUACACAGACCUUGAUGAAUACAAUCCCAUUGGUUGGAAUGAGCCGCAUGGGAAGCCGCCGAUGCACCCAGAGGAGGCCUCAAAGCAGUACAAGGACCUUGGAACAUACUCCAAGGAAUUCAACAGAGCUGGUGCGCCGCCCCCAGAGGGAGUGGUUGCCGCGGUUGAGCCUGCAGAUGCGGCAAAGCAUCAGCCUGUCCAGUACGACGAGCCCGAGAACCAACGACCGAAGCCGGACUGGGACCAAACAACCUUCGACGAGGCCAAGAAGUACCAAUCUUACCGCUACAACGAGCCUGAUGGCCAGCCUACCGAGGUCGUCGACCCUGUGUCCAGAGGUCUGAGUGACUUUGAUGAGGAAAUCGCCGCCAAGGCGAACAGACGUGUUGCGUACACUCGGGCAACAGAGCAGGAGAGGGCUGACGAUUUGGAUUUACUUCGCGCUACCGACGUUCGAGCUAAGAUCCCGACGUCUUCUGGCCAGUCUCGAAGGGAGUAUAGCACAACGAACAGACAGAUGCUCGAGGCCGACCUUCCCCGAUAUGAAGCGAAUUGGGAUAUCUCAAGCAAAGCUGCUCGCGUUACUUUACAGAAGUCGAGAAGCAAGGUCUGGGAUCACGUUCCAGCCGAGGCAGAGAAGGCGGGGUUCACUGGCAAUUAUGUCAGAGACUUUCCCGAGGACUUUUCCCGGUCCUGGAACAACAUUGUGGCAGCUGCGGAGAGCCAGGAAGAGAACAGCAAAAGCCAAACUGUCAACCAGGACGAGGUUGAAGUCGCCUCUUUCGAUGAAAGUUUUCCGAGGUUGGAGCCAGCUCUGGACCGGUCGUCUGCUUUUAGAUCCACCCAGCUUCUGGGAAAGAAGGGCCAAUCCGACUCUUACUCGAAAGAACCGCAAGGCCUCGAACUAAGCUACUCUGAGGAGUGCGGCGGCAAGCAAACCUGGCCCGCUUACGUGCGAUCAUACGGUACAGUGACCGAUGCUUCGGCCAAUGCCGGAUCCUCGGCGCAUGAUGCCAUUUCCGCCGCCAAGAACGAGGGCGUGGUGUCUUCGACCACGGCCGAAGUGGUUCGCGAGCCAACCAUCUACAAAAUCCUCGCGUACGACCCUACCAUGCAAGCCAUCAACACGGCAGAGACAACGUCUGUUGUUCCCGACAGCGCCACGCCACUGACUCCGGCCGAGGUUCUUCUCCGCUUGUCAAACCCGACCAAGUUCUUCCCUUACUUUAGCACCCUACAGAGAGAAGGAUACGAGAUCGUAUCCGGAAGUGGAGAUGUCCUGGUUUUCCGCAAGGUCCGCGAGGCAGAGACGGCAACCAAAGGGAAGACGACUGCUCCCUUCGCCCCUGCAAUCGAAAAGCCCACGACCUACCAGGCGCCAAAGGUGAACCCCAUCGACAUGAUGGGGAGCGACCCCGUAGUACCAAGCGCUUACUCUUCCAGUCCUACAGGCUACCUCAACUAUGAUUACCCCGGAGCGGAGACAACAGAAAAGCCCCCGCCCCCAUUCAGCCCGUUAAGGAGACGGAACACGAUUUCCUGCGAUAGUCAGGAUUUCGAGCCUCGUCGACCGCCGAAACGCAGCAGGGCCAAGAAAAUUGUUCUUGGUGCUGCCUGGGUGGGCGGGAUUUCUUAUGCGAUUGGUGUAGUUGGAGAGUACUUCACGACCGGGGGCAGCGACGGCAAAGGCCCUAAAGGCUUGUGA